AUGCUGAAGAGCACGCGAAAUGGCUCUCUUACAGCGGAAGACUUGAACCUCAGAGAGACCGACAUUCAGGUGCGAGUGCUCGAGGCCUCGGACGAAGAGACCUCGACGUCUUCGUCCAAUUCGGAGCACCAGACAUUUCUAGAGCACGCCGAUGCCAGUACCAAGUCUUCGAUGGAAAAGCUUCCAGAGUCCAAGCCUUUACAUGCCCCACCGACGAAAGUUCUAUUCCUUGAUGGCGUGCGUGGACUCGCAGCUAUCCUGGUCGUCGCCCAGCACUCGAAAGAGUAUAUGCAAGGCUUUAAUCUUGGCGCAGUGGCUGUGGACGCGUUCUUCGUGUUGUCCUCCUUCCUAUUGACGUGGCUUUUCAUGAAAAAGAGCAUGAAGUUGAUGGCUCAAGGCGCAGGCAUUCGAACGUGGAUCUUCGCGUUGGUGGACUAUUUCUCAAAGCGAUUCUUCCGCGUGUAUCCACUUUUCGCAAUAACUGUGAUAGCGAUCUCGUUCAUGUCCGCAGAAGAUCAGAACCGCUACUUCCUCUUCAAGAACCCCGGUGACUUUGAUCUGUAUCAGGUGCUUACGUUCGAGUUCAACCAUCGGCAGUUCGUGCUCUGGACUCUACCACUGGAAAUCUCGUACUAUUUCGUCAUUCCCGUGUUCGUGUUGGCUAUCCUGGGUAUGCGUCGCUAUUGGUGGCUUGCUUACCGCACGAGCCACACUCCGUUAGAGCCGCACAUUCCAACAUUCAUAUCGGGUUCGCUGGCUGCUGUCGUGUUCGUAAAGCUGGACUCAUGGAUCAAGAACACAGGGUUCCAGUUUCGCUGGUGGCAUACGUUGACGCUUCGAAUUGUGGAAAGUCUGACGAUUGCCGUGUUGUUAAGCGUCUGCUUCAAAGGACUGUUCUUUGAUUGGGUCGAGCCGAAUCCUGUGCCGGUGGCGAAAGGUUUCCCGUUUGUAAGCGCGCUGUUGACGACGAUCUUUGUGAUUGAAUUGCUGCGUCCGUCCUGCCUGUCGACGAUGUUUGAGUGGAGUGUGCUGCGGUACUGGGGAAAGAUCAGCUUCUCGGUCUAUUUACUGCACAGCUUCGUCAUCUGGAACCCGACGAUCAGCGCCCAACCGAAGUAUUACAACCGACUAUUCGCACGAGUAUCGUUACUUUUGCUACUUGCGACGACGAGUUACUAUUUGGUCGAGUAUCCGUCGCAGUUGCUUGCUCAAAGGAUCUCCCGCUUCCUCACUGCUCGAGCGACUAGAGGAUCGGGCAGCUUGGUAAAGUUCACGUGUAUGGAAAGGAUCAACAUGAUGAAACAAAGAACUACUAUGAAGUAG